AUGGAAGAAAGUGAUGAACCUGAACAGCCUAUCUCCUUGGGGAGGCAGGAAUUUAGAAGGAGAAGACGACCCAGCCAACCGAUGGUAGACAAGUCCCAGCAGACAGAUGCGACAGAAAAAAAGAAACCUGUGGCUGCAGUACAACCUCCUGCCCCCAAAGCUACCCUCAGUAUUGGUAGUAUUUCUGGAAGCAAAGGCAACCCCUCUGGUAAAGAAUACGAGUCUCUUAGACUUUCUUCUCAACUUCAGCAAACUUGGACAAAGAGAAAGCGUGGCAUGGAAAUGACUGAUAAAUCUCUACAGACAGACGUUCCUGUGGAAGAAAAAGUCCUAUUCAUUGACAAAACCCUUACCCUCGAAGAACACCCAGCCAGUAUUGGAGAAACAGCUCUUGAAUUGCCACAGAGUGUUCCAGAAGUAGAGAUUCCAACAAGCAGACCCACAACUCACUUAAUAGACAGAUCUCAGCAGACCAGCUGUACUGGUGACUGGAGUCUGUUCAACAUUUGUCCUAUAGAUAAAGUGGACAAAGAGCAGCAGACAUACUUUAGUGAGUUAGAAAUUACUAUCAUGUCUAUGCCAGGCAGUUCCCUGGUUAAGUCAAAGGAGGAAACAAUACCUGUUGCCCAAGAGGGUUCCUUGUUGGAAGUAAAUGGUUGUCUUGAAAUAGAGGUACUGUCAACUGAAAAAAUCUCGGAUGCCAUAAUGCCUUUCACUGAAGGGGAGUUUUCUGGUGAGAUCCAGGCUCUACCAGCUGAUGAGUUUCCUUCUGUAGAAGCUCCUGUUGACAUCAUUCAACUGUCAGUGCAAGGGGCUCUUUCAGAUAAGUCUUUUGAUAAACAGAAACCUCAAGGAGAUGAAGUGGCCCCUUCAGAACUUCCUACUGAAAUUCUGGUUGCACUCUCACAAGAAGUGCUUGCAAAAGUCCAAAAUUUAGCAACCGAGGCUUUCCUUGAAAGCUCAGGCAAAGUAGAGCCUGCUGCUGCUGCUGAAGAAUCCACUGAUGGAGUUCAAUAUCUACCAUCUGAGGAGGCUUCUAAAGAAAUACCUGUGGAAGUUCAGCCACCAUUAGAUGAGCAAGCAAUAGAAGCGAUACCUGCAGAAAUUGUUCUUGUACUAGAUGAGAAAGUUCCUGCAGAAGAGGUCUUUGAAGGAGGUCAGCCUCCAUCAAUCGAGGAAGUCCCUGCAGAGAAGACUCCUGCAGAAGUUCAGCUUCCAUCAGCAGAGGAUGCUCCAGUUGAAGUGGCGCCUUCAGAAGAGGCUCCUGUAGAAGUUUUGCCUCCACCAGCUGAGGAGGCCCUUGCAGCAGACAUCCUUGCAGAAGUUCUGCAUUCACCCACUGAAGAGGCUCCCAAAGAAGACCACUCUGAAGUAAUUCAGACUUCACCAGCCGAGGAAGCCCCUGGGGAAGAGACUUCUGCAGAAGUGCCACCUCCACCAACUGAGGAGGCCCCUGCAGAAGAAGUUCCACCUCUACCAACUGAGGAGGCCCCUGCAGAAGUUCUACCCCCACCAGCUGAGGAGGCCCCUGCAGAAGUAGUUCCACCCCCACCAACUGAGGAGGCCCCUGCAGAAGAAGUUCCACCCCCACCAACUGAGGAGGCCCCUGCAGAAGUAGUUCCAUCCCCACCAACUGAGGAGGCCCCUGCAGAAGAAGUUCCACCCCCACCAACUGAAGAUGCCCUUGUAGAAGAAGUUCCACCUCCACCAACUGAGGAGGCCCUUGCAGAAGAAGUUCCACCUCCACCAACUGAGGAGGCCCCUGCAAAAGAAGUUCCACCCCCACCAACUGAAGAUGCCCUUGCAGAAGAAGUUCCACCUCCACCAACUGAGGAGGCCCCUGCAAAAGAAGUUCCACCCCCACCAACUGAAGAUGCCCUUGUAGAAAAAGUUCUACCCCCACCAGCUGAGGAGGCCCCUGCAGAAGAAGUUCCACCCCCACCAACUGAGGAGGCCCCUGCAGAAGUAGUUCCAUCCCCAUCAACUGAGGAGGCCCCUGCAGAAGUAGUUCCAUCCCCACCAACUGAGGAGGCCCCUGCAGAAGAAGUUCCACCCCCACCAACUGAGGAGGCCCCUGCAGCAGUAGUUCCAUCCCCACCAACUGAGGAGGCCCCUGCAGAAGUAGUUCCACCCCCACCAACUGAGGAGGCCCCUGCAGAAGAAGUUCCACCCCCACCAGCUGAGGAGGCCCUUGUAGAAGAAGUUCCACCCCCACCAACUGAAGAUGCCCCUGCAGAAGAAGUUCCACCCCCACCAGCUGAGGAGGCCCCUGCAGAAGAAGUUCCACCCCCACCAGCUGAGGAGGCCCCUGCAGAAGAAGUUCCACCCCCACCAACUGAAGAUGCCCCUGCAGAAGAAGUUCCACCUCCACCAACUGAGGAGGCCCUUGUAGAAGAAGUUCCACCCCCACCAGCUGAAGAGGCCCCUGAAGAAGAAGUUCCACCCCCACCAACUGAAGAUGCCCCUGCAGAAGAAGUUCCACCUCCACCAACUGAGGAGGCCCUUGUAGAAGAAGUUCCACCCCCACCAUCUGAGGAGGCCCCUGCAGAAGAAGUUCCACCCCCACCAACUGAAGAUGCCCUUGUAGAAGAAGUUCCACUGCCAACAACUGAGGAGGCCCCUACAGAAGAAGUGCUACCUCCACCAGCUGAUGAGGCUCCUGCAGAAAUGGCUCCCACAGAAGUUCAACCUCCUCCUCUUGAGAGAGCUCCUCUUGAAGGUUUUCCUCUAGAAGAAGAAGUUGUGGUUCCACAAGCUGAAGAGACCCCUCUAGAAUAUUCACCUGUUGAAAUGCAGCCUCUGCCAGCUGAGGAGGAUAUUGCAGAAGGGGUCCUAGUUGAAUUUCAGGCUCUUCCAGCUGAGGAAUCCCCUGCAAGAGAGGCUACUGCUGAAGUCCAGCCUUUAUCAUUUGGGGGUGCUCCGAUAGAAGAAGGCCCUGCUGAUGUUCAGCUUCCAGCAGCUGAAGUGGUUCCUGCAGGAGAGGCUUCUGAAGUUCAGCCUCUAUCAUUGGCACCUGUAGAUGAGGUCCCUGCAGAGGUUCGAUUACCACAAACUGAAGAGACUCCUCUAGAAGGGGAUCCUGUUGAAGUUCAAUCUCUACCAGCUGAGGAGGUCUUUACCAUAGUGGUCCCAGUUGAAGGAGGCACUGUAGAAGAGUCUCCUGUUGUUGAACAGCCUUCCAACACUGACACGGUUCCUAUUCAAGAGUUGCCCAUGCAAGAGACACCAACUGAAGCUCCACUUCCACCUUCUGAGCAAGCCCCUGAAGAUAAAACUCUACUGAAAGAACAUCAAUUGUCCCCAGUAGCAAAUGUCUCAGAGAAAGAAUUAGAGUCUUCUUUGACAGAUAAUAGAAACUCUGAAGGAGCAGAUCUUGUUCCCGCAGAUGUGUCUAGGAGCAAGGAGGAACCUAUCUCCACUUUCAAAAUAGAAGGUACCAUUAAAAUAGAGUUAAAAAACUCCUCCUCCUGA